CCGAUCGGUGUGAUAUUCGCUGCCGGUCCGGAGCUGGAAGAAGAAAGAAGAAGAAGAAGAAGAAGGGCUUCACCACCACCAUCAUCAUACCCCCCAGCCGACAACUAUAAUCAAAAGGACAAUCUAGUAUUUUGACUACAGAAACGACGACGACAAAGGAUCACAACCGGUCACUCAUCAUGCGCGCCCUCUCACUCUCCCUCCCCCUCUCCCUCUCGCUGCUCGCCGCCAGCUCAACAGCGGCAACGACAUGCGCAAAGGGCCUCUACAUGGUCGUUGCCCGCGGCAGCGAGGAGCCCGCCGGCACGGGCGUGACGGGCAACCUCACGAGCCAAAUCGCCGCAAAGGUGCCCGGCAGCGAGGUCGUGGCGGUGGACUACCCGGCCAGCUUUGACGACUACGAGGAUUCCGAGGGCGACGGCGUCAAGGCGAUGCGGCAGCUGCUCAACAGCUACGCCGAGGCCUGUCCGGGAAACAAGAUUGCGGUGCUGGGAUACUCUCAGGGCGCCCAAGUCGCAACAGACACCAUCUGCGGCGGUGCCGGCGAUCCGUUUACCAGCGACAAGGGCAUGUCUGACGAUGUCAUGGACGACGUCGUUGCCGUGGCCAUUUUCGGAGACCCAACCCAUGUCGCCAACAUGACGUACGACCGAGGCACCAGCAUUCACAACGGGCUCUUCAACCGGAGCUCGUCCAGCAUCGAGGUCUGCAAGUCGUACGCCAGCCGCAUCGUCUCGUACUGCGACACGGGCGACAUCUACUGCGACGCCGGCAGCAACUCGACCGUUCACCACAUGUACAUCCAGCGCUACGGCGACGAAAUCGUCGACUUUGUCGUCAGCCAGUUUGAGAAGAGCACCAGCUCGGGAUCGGGGUCGGGUACUAAUGCCACCACGACCACGGCUCCGGCUCCCACCGUGUCUCCUACCACCACCAGCGGUGGCAACAGCACAGUGCCUACGCGAACCGGUGGCCCGACGACGAGUUCGACGCAAGGAUCGGGUGCGAGUGCUUUGACGAGCAGUUUGAUGCUGGGAGGUCUUUUGACGGUUUUGACGGCGGUGUCUCAGAUGCUGUGA